AUGACAAACUAUACAAUAAUAGAACAGAUUCUUAAAGAUCUAGAUCUAAAUGAUGUAAGGGAGUCAGAACAGGCAUAUAUUUACUCUGUUUCUGGACCUGUUGUCGUAGGAUGCAAUAUGGCUGGAUGUGCGAUGUAUGAAUUGGUUAAAGUUGGAUCAUCAAGACUACUUGGAGAAAUAAUCAAAAUAGAUUAUGAUAGAGCAACCAUUCAGGUUUAUGAAGAAACCUCUGGUCUCUCUGUGGGUGAUGUUAUCUAUAGAACUAAAAGACCAUUAUGUGCUGAACUCGGGCCAGGUAUCUUUGAAAAUAUUUAUGAUGGAAUACAAAGACCGUUAAGAGAUAUUUCACAAAAACUCUAA